GUUGUUCCUGCGAAGAAAAAAAAACGUGUUGUUCGUGUUCCACACUGCUCGGUCGGUAGUAAAAUGUAAGGUCGGAAAUGUUCGUCAGGGUUGGAUGAGAGAGGAGAGGAAAAGGGGAGGCACCUGUGAGAAGGAGCAGGUCAGCCUACAGCGGUGUCAAGUUUACGUUAAUCACGGCGCGGUACAGUUUCAGACAUAUUUGUCAAGCGGAGGAGUCAUCAUCCGAUCAGCUCCAGCCGCCGCUCCGAGCCAAAUUAUGACUACGUGUUGUUGUCACGGACUUCACGCGUGAGGUGAGCUGUGACUGCCCCCCUUCUUUGUCUCUCCAUACACCUGCAUGUACCGUGGGCAGCCCCGGCCUGAAGGAGAGGUGCUGUGCUCAGAGACCGUGCUGCACUAGGAGAACCCAUGGCUUCUGGCCCUCCAGGUCCCUCUGUAGGCCGCAGGCUCAGGCUGCUGGAGUUGCUACUCGGGCCUCUGUUGGUCCUGCUGGUUUCUGGGCUGGAACCGGCACUGGGUGAGAAGGUCUACACCAACACAUGGGCUGUCCACAUACCUGGAGGUCCCGAGGAAGCUGAUCAAAUUGCCUAUAAACAUGGGUUCAUUAACCACGGACAUGUAUUUGGCGAUUAUUAUCACUUCCGGCAUCGUACAGUGGUGAAGAGAUCGCUGUCGGACCACAGGGGGACACAAGUCCGUCUUCAAAAAGAUCCCAGGGUGACUUGGGCUGAGCAACAAGUGUCAAAACGGAGGAAAAAGAGGGAUGUCUACGAAGAUCCGUUAGAUCCCAAGUUCAGAGACCAGUGGUACCUGUACAACAGCAACCACCGUGACUUGAAUGCCAAAUCUGCGUGGCAGUUGGGCUACACAGGUAAAGGAGUGGUGGUGUCCAUCCUGGAUGAUGGAAUAGAGAGGAACCAUCCUGACUUGAUGCAGAACUACGACCCAGAUGCCAGCUACGAUGUGAAUGAUGGCGACCCAGAUCCUCAGCCUCGAUACACGCAACUUAAUGACAACAGGCAUGGAACACGAUGUGCAGGAGAAGUGGCAGCAGUAGCCAACAAUGGGAUCUGUGGAGUCGGUGUGGCCUACAAUGCCAGGAUUGGAGGUGUGCGUAUGCUGGAUGGAGAGGUGACUGACAUGGUGGAGGCCCAGUCUCUCAGUCUGAAUCCCCAGCACAUCGACAUCUACAGUGCCAGCUGGGGCCCAGAGGAUGAUGGCAAAACUGUUGAUGGACCUGCCAAACUCGCCAAAGAAGCCUUUCUGCGCGGAGUAACUGAGGGCCGUGGUGGUUUGGGCUCCAUUUUUGUGUGGGCUUCUGGGAACGGAGGGCGAGAGAAGGACAGCUGUAACUGUGACGGCUACACCAAUAGCAUCUACACCCUGUCCAUCAGCAGCUCCACCCAGAACGGCAACGUCCCGUGGUACAGCGAGGCUUGCUCCUCCACCCUCGCCACCACCUACAGCUCGGGGAACCUUAACGAGAAACAGAUAGUGACUACAGACCUCAAAUCAAAGUGCACAGACUCCCACACAGGCACCUCUGCGUCCGCCCCGCUGGCUGCUGGGAUCAUCGCUCUUGCCCUUGAGGCCAAUAAAAACCUGACCUGGAGGGACAUGCAACAUCUGGUUGUACGAACUUCUCACCCUGCCCACCUGCUCACCAACGACUGGAGAACCAAUGGGGUUGGGCGGAAAGUUAGCCAUUCAUAUGGAUAUGGUCUGCUUGAUGCCAGUGCAAUUGUAGCGCUGGCACAAACAUGGACCAACGUGAGGCCGCAGCGGAAAUGUGUGAUCGCCAUGCUCUGUGAGCCAAGCAACAUCGGCAGCCAUUUGUCGAUAAACAAGAGCGUUGACGCCUGCUUUGGGACAGACAGUCACGUGACCUCAUUAGAGCACGUCCAGGCCCGGCUCACCCUGUCCUACAACCGCAGGGGAAACCUGGCGAUCCACCUCAUUAGUCCUGCCGGCACACGCUCCACUCUGCUCCACCCCAGGCCUCAUGACUAUUCAUCAGAGGGGUUUAAUGACUGGGCUUUCAUGACCACCCACUCCUGGGAUGAGAACCCCACCGGGGCGUGGACGCUGGAGAUUGAGAAUGUAGCCGGUGCCAGCGACUAUGGCACUCUGACCCAGUUCGUCCUGGUGCUGUACGGCACCGGCUCAGCAACUUCCAGCUCCUCUGACAAGGCUCAGCCUGGCAAUGACAACUGCAAGACCUUGGACCUGAGGCAGAUAUGCAUUGAGUGCGACACCGGCUACUACCUCUUUCAGCAGGGCUGUGUGAAAGAAUGUCCUUCAGGCUUCUCAGUGGGCUCCCAGCCCGUCAACUACACAGUGGGAAACUCUAUACCACCAGCUUCCGUCCCGGCCUGCCUGCCCUGCCCACCGCCCUGCCUGACCUGCAGCAGCCUCAGCCCUCAGGCCUGUCUGAGCUGCCCCCCUCACAGCUCCCUGGACCCCAUCUCUAGCACGUGCCUGCACCUGAACCAGUACAUGCGCGAGUCCCCUGGCAGCUUCAUGGUGGGCCCGGGGAACCGGGGAAUGCAGCUCCAGCUCAGCUCCCGGCUGCCCAUCACCAUCGCCGUACUCAGCUGCAUAGCCAUCAUUGCCACCUUCGCUGGCAUCUUCCUGCUGCUGCAGCUGCGCUCAGGCGCACUCAUCAAACUGCCCUCUCUGGAGGCUGGCGGCGGCCUCGGGGGCAGUUUCAGCCUAGGGGGAAAUAGGGUGGUGUCGUACCGCGGCAUCCCGACAGUGUGGGGGGAUGAUGGGGUAAAUACAGACUCUGAUAACGAAGAGUUUGACGUCCAAAAUGAGAGGACUGCCUUUAUCAAAACACAAAGUGCUCUUUAAUGCCUCCCCCACAUCCCUCCCUCUCUCCUGCUUUUAAAGUCUUCUCACCCUCAUUUGUCUGAUAAAUCAGGGCUGUGGUAACUGCCCUCUCACAGUCUUUUCUGGUUUUAUCUCUCAUCCCUUUUUUCCUGUCUCUGUCUUACCGGGUUCUCAUCUGAGUCCUGCUUCGGGAUCUGCUGUGGGAGUCCUGAUGGGAAGCCGCUGUCUCUCAGAGCUCAGGAUGGCCCGAGCUUUGCUCUGUUCACACUUGGGCGCUUUUCUAUUAAACUGGCUCUCUCCCUCUUUUUGCCCUCAAUCACUAACAGUGUUUGUCUGUGCGGAGUCCAUUUUCCUCUUCAGCUCUAGCUCCUCUUUGUUACAGUAAACAAAUUAUUAUUAUUUCUUUUCUUUCUUUUCCUCUUUCUUUCCAUCAGUCUCAGUGCAGUAGCCAGAUGAGAUUGUUGAGUGUGAGGAGUAGAGUGUGUGUGUCUGUGUGUCUGUGUGAAUGUGAGCGUGUUAAUCUGAUGAAUAGUGUACUGCCCUUUAUAGAGAAGCUAAAGCCGCUCCUGUCACAAUUAAUACUUAAACUUAAAAGUGAUAACAAAAAAAUUGUAUUACGAAGCAUGAAAUCGGAUUUGGAAACAUUGAUUCUCUCUGAAGUGUCGUUUAGUGACAUCAACAUCCAAAAUGUUCACAAAAGCACCAUUUAUCUGUCGCGAAUCACAGCGUAAUUUAAAAACGCACAAAUCAGAAGCAUAAUAGUUGUCAAGGAAAUGUCCAGACUCUAAUGGUUUGUAAUGACGUGUCACCAGUCAGACAAACAAAACAGACUGUCUGAGUCGUCUCUCUUUAUGAUGAGACAGCGUUUUGUAUUUACUUAAAACAAAAUCCAUCUUUCACACAGUCUUUAUUUUAUCUGUUUGGUUAUUAUUCUAGGUGUGAGGGGGGCGUUAGUUCUCCUAUUGUACACACAGUCUGGAUCUCUCUCAGCUCUGGCAGAACAAAAUGUGAGUCACACAACCAGCAAAGCUUCCUCCAGCCUUUUGGGAUUCAAGAUGGACUCAAUUUAUCCCGGUUUUGGAGACUAUAAAUUCUCCUGCGCUCAUAACCUCCCCAACCAUCACAUGGAAGGAUAUCAAAAAAGUAAUAUGAAUUAAAAGAAAGAAAGAAAAAAACACACACAGGCUACUCGAUCAACCCUGAGGCACAAUCCCUUCCAGGGAUAUUUAAUUUCUAUGUUUGAUGUGUGCACAUCCUGGGGCUGAGAGAGAAGCAGCUGAAGUGCUGAUGGGACCCAGAACAAUAUGUGACUGUAGAGCACAAGAGCUUCUCUAAAGCAGCUGGCAGGUGUUGAGUUACCUGUGAUUGAUUCAUUGACAGAGCAGACGCAGUUAACAAUACAUCAAGGCUUUCCCUUUUGUCUGAGCACAUUAGCACUACAAAUGUACAUUAGACACACCUCAUAUCAUAAUGACUAAAACUUUGUUAGUGUGUGUGUGUGUGUGUGUGUGUGUGAGUAAUUUUACUGCUUAUGAGGUCGAGGAAUGUUUAUCGGCCCUCUGAAGUGAAGGUUUCCUUUCCUAUUUCGCCUCUCUGCUCUCUUCAAAUCUUGAAUGCUGUUUAGAAGUCCCGCGUAGAGACUCCACAUCUCAUCAGUGUCUCUGCACUCACCCUCCAGUCUUCGUCUAAUCUGAAUUUCAGAUUAUCUCUUCAGCGUACUUGCCAAUUAAUUAUAUUCUGAAUGAUACUGCAGCAACUAUUUAUUCUGAGAGAUUUUAAUCAUACCUUUAGGGAAGAUUGUUUUAAAGUGAUUCCUUUUCUCUUGGGCUGGCUAUCAUCGAAAAAUGUGCAUCUCAUGAUUUAACCCAGUGUAGCCAUUUUGAAUCCAUUGAUCACCUUUUUCUACUAUGCUGAAAUUAUGAUUGUGUUGUUGUUGUUUUUUCAUUUCCAGUACAAAACGGUGGAGCUUGCUGAGAGAGGGUUGUCAUGGUGAUGACAUGCAUACAAAACUGCAGCUGCUCAUCCUUUUUAUUAAUCUACCUCUCAUAUCAUUCAGCAAGGUUUCAAACGCCGUCAGACGAGCUGUUAAAUGAUUAUAGAGGUCAAAUUAUAUGUAGGUCAGAUAUGAAAAUGCUUGUCGAAAAAAGAUUUAGGAGAAUAGGCAUUUGAGUCAAAUUUAUGUUUUAGAAGAGAAACAAGCAAUUGCGAUUCAGAAACUGUAAAGCUGCUGUGUAAAUUCUAGUCCGCUGAAACUCCUAUAUCUCCUAAAAUUUAUUGCCUUUAGGAUCAGCAUUCAUGGGCAGUCACACCUGGGCUUUAAAACCUGUUAUUGAAAAUAGAAUGGGUAGAAGGAUUGUCCAUAGAUCUUGUUGGCCAGCGUUUAAGUGCUAAAUCAACUUGAAAUUGUUAGGGGUGUUGAUUUGCCUCAUGUCUCAUUCCACUGUUUCUACCCAGGCGGCUCCAUCUAGGGUGAAGACCUAUUUGUUCCUAAGUUCAUGUCACUGACAAUCAAAUCAUCUCCUUGUUUUAGGGCGAGAAGGUGCACAAGCACACAAAACUAAUCAAAUUAAAUUUAACCAGUUGUGUUUGGAAUAGCUUUCUCAGAAGGUAUUAUUCAUAAAUAUUUAGAGCUGCGUGUGAUUUAAAUUGCAAAUUGUCCAGGAAGAAAAAAAAAACUUUAGUGAAUAAAGAAUUAAACCAGAACCUUCCAAACAUCCUGUUCAAAAGGAUGAAGAGAGAUUGGUAUGUACGCUCGCAGACACAGCACCGAGCCAGGAAGCCUAAUUCAUCUCAGAUGGCAAGUGCAGGUGUAGCACAUUUGGCUUAUCGCUGCAGUUUCAGCCAGGAAGCACUAAACUGGAUUGGAAACCAACCCGAGAACGUGGAUUUAGAGAAAGUGCCCUGGAAAGGAACAAAGCUAAUGUGGCUGCAGAAUAACGAGCGUGUGCUGCAUCGCUUUGUGUGAUGCGCAUUAGUGCCUACUGCCAUUUAAGGCUUCAAUUAGCCCCAGUUUAAGGCGGGUGCUAAUUUAAAAAUGUAAUAACUACAGCCUCAGACUUCAGCCACAAAAUCUUAUUGACUUCCCCAGCUUAGUGCAAAGUGUGCAAACAACAGAUAAUGGGCAAAUGCAGCACCCAAAUUUUCUUCCCUAUACUAUUUCCUGAACUCUGGAUGCUGAGCGUUUCCUUCUAAAGAAGAACCAAUUUGUUGCAAUCACUAUUGAUGCUCAGACUCAUCAACAUUAUCCAUCGAGCAUCUUCCCUUACAAAAGACAAAUACUGCUUCCAGAAAGAAUAAAGUUUCUCCUCAAGUGCAACGCUUUGUGGGUGUACAGACAAGUUUCCGUGGCCCCUCGAGUGCACACACACAAAAUGAUUUAUUCAUCUUAGCUUGAUGUUGUAUUCACUACAGCUUGAAAACUCAGAAAACUUUAAACUGAUGAACUCAGAGCUUUGUGCAUUCAAGUGUUCAACUUUUAAGAAAAUCAUGAAUGCGGGCAGCAUUAAGUAGCUCGUGCUUCCAAAGCACAGGGAGCUGCUGAAAUACCAUUAGCAGCCAGCUCACUUCUUUCACUGCAAGAAUGUGAUGGAAACUACACACUAAAAAAGAAGAGGUUCUCUAAUUGUGCCAGAAAGCAGCUCAUCAUCAUAAGGCUGCCACUUCACCGGCACUAAAGUGUGAAGCCUUUUAAUGUAGAAAGUAACAGGAAUGUUACAAAAAAAAAAAGAAAUCUGGCUGCUUGUCGCAAAUUGUCUCCUCUGGCUAUAAAGAAGAGACUCGCUCAUGGGAAUGACGGAGGCUUUUUUCUUUAUACAGCUGAUUUAUUUCACGUGGAGCUCGAUGUUGCUUCAGUCCUGCCUUAGGAUAUAGUCUGAAAUGAUCAAUAUGAAGUCGGAUGGAGUUAAUAGGAGCAAUAUCUUUGGCAUAACCAAAGACAAUCAUUUUAAUGCUGUCUGUUUAGUGUAACGACGUGUUGCUUUCAGGUUGUCACAGUCCAUCGACCCCCUUCACAUGUGUUCAAAGUGUUUUGUUGACGUCAUUCUGUCAUCUCUGCUUUUUGUUUGUUUUGUUAAUUUUGGAAGAUCUGCGGUGACACCCUGUAUGUUCAGCAGCUGUCGAGGGAGGAGGUAGAAUGUAUCCCAUCUCCAUUAACUUAAGGGCUGAAUCAGAUCUGCGUGCGUCCAUGUGUGCACAUGCUUGUUUAAGUAUAAAUGAAACACUUUGUGAUGGGGGAGCGGGGGCCGGUUAGUGGAGCAGCCUCAGACGUCUCUGUUGACCUCCUCCUGCCUCUUCCUGAGGUUCCUGGCCUGUGGCUGCACACAGUACCUUACAGAUUUGUGACCUAUGAAUAAUGUACAAGAAUGACUAUCUUACAUGGGACAUAACUCUAAAAUAAGGCCUAUUUUUGUACUAUAUGAAUGGUGCAGUGUAAUUUUCUUGUAAUUUAAAGAUUUUUUUGCUCUUGUUUUUCUCCUUUUUAUUUAAUUGAUGUCAAUUAUAGAUUCUACUAAAAAUAAAGAUCUAUGCAAAUUUGAA